AUGUCCGCAGAGGGGAAGACAGUGUUUGAAGCAUCUGUUACUGGAACUUUUCCAUCGAAAAAUAAUGGAACCGUCCCUGAGGUUUGUCGUUUCUUUGCUUUUGCGUGUUUAAAUACCGUGUUUUCGCGAAACCCUGACGGCUUGAUAAAUGAUUGGAAAGAUCUGAGGUAAAAAUCAGUAGAGUUAAUGGCGCACUCGAUCUCAACGUUGGCAAUAAGGAAGUUUCUUUCAUGUAAUAUAUCAAACAUGAGACGCAGUGUUUCAUGUAAUAUAUCAAACAUGAGAUGCAGUGUUUCAUCACCAGAUGAAACACCGAGAAGAGAGUUGAAAUACGACGCGCAGCGGAGUAUUUUUGACGAACUUCGAGGUGUUUCAUCUGGUGAUGAAACACUGUUUCGAAUGUUUGAUAUUUCUUCUCAAACAAAAUCAUUUUUGAAGGAGAAAUUAAGGAUGCAAAAAUGAGCAGUUUUUCAUCUGAUAUCCAAACACUCAUUAAACAUUAAUUUCCUUUGAAUUUUCUUUAUGAAUUAUUAAUGAGUUUGAGAAGAUGUAAUAAAAAAUAAGCGACAACAUUGGAAGACCAACCGUAAAUGACUAGCUUUUACGUGUAAUACUGCAACUUGUAUCUAUUCUGUGGAAAACGAAUGACAGAAAAUGCAUUUGAUAUAAAAAGUGAAAAAGUAAACAUGUCUUGGUUCAAACUAUAUGAGUACUGACAGUACUCUGGUAAGCGUUAUUAGUUUCUGUCUGGAACUGGACUUCAUAUCUUAAUUUUUACAUUUUUCCCCCUAUCAGGCAUAUAAAAUCACAGUUCUGUACUCUGAUGGGAGCAAAAUGGCGCUACGGAAAACAUAUAACGAUUUCAUUGAGUUACAGGUGCGUUUCAGUUGAUCGAAGUGAGAUACGAAUUAACUAAAUAUUUCUAGUUUCCACUCCCAAAUGUCAAGUUGUAUGGCGAUACUCAGUGAUGUAGGGCAUUGUUUACCGGUGAGCUUAUUGAAGAUGACAGUUAAUAUAUAGUCUGUUUUUGAAAACAGUAACUGUUCGCCAGUUCCCAUUCUUCACUGGAGAGUGUUGGACUUAACAGAUCACCCUGGGUUUAAGUCCAAAUAUUGGAAGGAAAGGCAGGCGUUAAGUCUGUAAGCAAAUUUAAGAAUCGUAUUAAAAUUACAUGUAUACUAAUAAAGAUAAAGAUAGUAACAUAGUAUUUGCCGGUACUAAACGCUUAAGGCGGCGAAGUGCGCCUAUCUUGGAAUAUACUUUCUUCAGCAUGAUACUUAUAUGUUCCUUAAAAGAUAAUUUGUUAUCUAAUUUCACAUGCAUACAGUAUAAAAUAGAUUUUCUUAAAUCAAAAUUGAAAACCAGCCGUAAGAAAACUGACCGUUAAAUGCGAUACAUCAUUUCGAAGAACACGACGUCAAACAGCAACGAUUAAUGUCAUCAUUACUUCAAUUCUUCAAUUCUCACAGUCGUAUGUAUUGUCAAUACAGUCUAUAGCUGUCAGAGAAUCUCUGCAGAAAAGAAGAAUUAAAUGCGCGCAUUAAAGUUUUAUGAGUGCUUGCCAACUUGAACAGAGUUUGCUUCAAACGCUAAGACAUUUAGGUGUGUUACUCAAAAGCUCAACAAGCAAAGAACUCUUGUGCUGGGUCCACUUAACUGUGGAUUCAAUAGGCUCCUUGCAUGACUGUGAUAACGUGAUCAACUUUCGGUAAUCACGGAAACAGUUCACUUUUGCAAAGAUUUGUUAGCACAAGCUGAAAUAGCAUAUAAAAAUUAGGUAACCUGAGUAUUUUAAGCCUAAUAUCUCAAGCGCUGCGAUUGCAAUGGCCGCCGAAAGUUAGAAGCAUUUGUAUAAGAAAAACAACUUUUGCCAGGAGCCCAUCAAAUCAGGAGCCCAUCAUUUGAUGCUCCUGCUUUUGCCACCUAGUCACGCAUGCAUGGUUUUCUAUCCUUGUGGAUUCUAAAAAUGUCGAACUGUCGUUAAAUCUUUCCCUUACGCAUUUAAGGGCUCGAAUUGCCUGUUAUGAAGUAAAAGGAGAUUUCAGCCUUGUAUUGCUUAAGAAAAUAUUUUAUGACAGUUUUGAAAAUUUGGAAUUUAAAGAUUUGUAUGGGAAACCAUGAAAGUGUGACUGGAUGGCAAAACUUUCACCUGCCGUUGCAAUCGCUACUUUUGACACAAACGGCUGAAAAUCCUCAUGUUACCUAAUUUUAAUAUGCUCUUUCCGCUUGUGCUUACAAAACUUUCCAAAAGUGAACUGUUUUCGUGUUUACCGAAAGUUGAUCACGUGAUCAAGUCAUGAAAAGAGCCUAUACACGUACAUGUUACGUAACAUGAUGGCACACGUAACAACGGUUGGUAUCGUAUUACUUAAUAUCAUUAUGAUCGCUAAUGUAAGGAUAUGCACCAGAGUCCGAGUAAUACUGAGAUUCAAGAAGAUAAUUAUACGCAACCCCCCAUCAGUUCUCGGUACACGAGGAAGCCGUAUCUUAUUUGAAUGAUGUCCAUUACCUACCACUUCGAGUGACCAGUUUGUUUCCCGUGUUUAGUCACUCAUAAAGAAUGCCAAGAGAUAGAGGGAGUAAGAAAUCACUUGUCAAUAAACGCUCCUGACUAAAAAACCCGAUGAAGCUGUUGGAUUGAAGUGUGUUAGUAAAUGUAGUUAUUUCCUCUAUUCCCAAUUAAACUAGCGUAGCCGGAAAUUUAUUUAAUUCUAAACUGUUUUAUUAACGAAGCUUUCAUGCUGCCGCUCCGCCGAGUGCUCCAUUGUAUCAACACUUUAUUAAGCGUCCUUAGUGCACGCUGUUUCUGUGAUCUCAAUUCUCUUAAGACGUACUUCAUUCGGUCCACUUAUUCAAUUUCGAUCCUUUUAGCUGCUGGUGGAUAUGAGAAAAUUAUUUUAUUGCUGAACUAUAACCAGUACAAAAAAAAACUGUAUGUUCUAUAACAAACUACAGCUACAGUUAGUAUGAAUAAUAAUAAUAAUGAUAAUGAUAAUAAUAAAUAAUAAUACUAAGUAAUAAUUGAGUGCGAAUAGCUUCUAUCAUAGAUACAACUUGACCUGAUUUCCAUAUAAAACUUCCAUCCUCCAUUCAUAUAUCCUCAGGAAGUUAUUAAUGCUGUGAAAAUUGUAAGCCUAAGCCCUUUUAAAAUUUCCUUUAAUUUCAGGGCACGGUUUAUGACUUACUCAAGCAAAAGGGUGGUUAUUCAAAGAAGACUGCAAAAUCUCUUGUCAAAAGCUUACCAGGUAUUCUUUGGGUGGUACUGAUAUGCUUAUAAAUCAUGAUUACUGCUCUGAAAGGAAAACGGCAAAAUACUAAUUUUUUCUCGAAAUAUGUACUUUCAUUAAGUGAUCAGCAACCGUUAACAUCUGUUAAAAUCUUGCAUCCAAAUACUCUGACUGAGACUAUCAAAAGAUUGUUUAACCAUCAUGAAAUAUAUUUUAGAUGAAAUUGAAGACUUCUUAUCGAAUGCAAGGUUCGCGAACUAAGUUUUAUCACUGAGAGAACUCAAAACAGGCUUUUAUUUUCUCCUGGUUUUAUCUUUAAGCCACAGUAAUAGAAUGCCGAGGCGAACUCUAGUGCAGUCAGUAGUUUGUUCAAUUUUGUAAAACCCGCUUGUUUUUUCCUCAAAAGUCUAUUCUUGUUUAUAACAAAGCAGUCCUAAGUUUUUGAAGAGUUCAAACAUCACCUAAAGCAAAUGCAGUUUCAACCAUUCUCAAAAUAUUUUUAUACAGUUUAAACGUCUUUAAAACUGCAACUUUUUUAUUUUUUUUUGUUUUUCCGAUUGACCACUCCAUAAAAUACCAUAACAUACCAUAAUGCUCUUUGUUUGUCACCCCAAAAUUUUGCAUAAGCAUUGUUUUUAGUUUCUUUUGGGAGUUAAAAUGGCCCUAAGAGAAACUGAAAACAAUCCUUAUGCAAAAUUUUGGGGUGACAAACAAAGAGCAUUUUGGUAUUUUAUGGUAUUUUAUGGAGUGGUCAUUUGUAAAAACGACCAUCUUAUUUUUUAAAAAUAACACAAAUAUUUAUCUGCAAAUUAUCGAACAAAUGAAAUGUUGCAACUCGUAAGUUGCAGUACCUUAUAGUGUUGUUGUUGUUUUUGAAUUUCUUUUUUCCUUUUUUUGUCACCAUUGUUAUUGUCAAUAAAGUGCAAUAGAAAAAGCUACGAAUAUAGAAUAGAAAAUAAAAUGCACGUUAAUUGAGGCCCUGUGUUUACAACGUUUUUACAUAAUUUAGUUGAAAAGACUUUUCUUUUUUCUUGCAGAGUUAAAUAAUUCCUUCUCCCAAAGUCUCUUCAAAGUGGAAGAUUUGAAAAAGAUUGAGAGACUGGAAAAGUUUAUCAAGGUAAAAAACAUAGGUUGGUUAGGAUAGAGGAGAAAUUUUUUCUGUAGGGUGUGAAGCAAAGAUCAUCGGCACCAUACCCAAGUCAUGUCGACAAGUGACCCAAGAGCUAAAACAGAAUGCGAAUCUUAAUUGCUCGCUUUUAUGGCACUUUCCUGAAACGGACAAUGCUCAUAAUCCUUUUUAUGUACUCUCUAUGAAGUCAAAAUCAAAUUUGGGAAGCCCAGUUAAUUGCCGGCUCCAGCUAAUGAGCUGAGCUUCCUGUAACCUACAUCCUAGAUUAACACUAAACCGGUAUUCUUAAUUUCAGGAAAACAGUGAACGUGAAAUGUGAUUUGGCAGUAUCCUUUAUGCGCAUAACACGUCUGGAAAAGAAAUUGUUUCAGUUUUUUGCUCAUUUUACCAGGAGAGUCAGGACUACUCCCAUGCUUUCCGUUAUUAAAGUUUUCAAUAGUGGGAUUAUCACCUAGUUAGAUAUAUAAACUGGAAUUUAACUUAGUUAUGAGAGGUUUAUAAAGGUGGACAGAAACCAGGCCGAAUCGGAUUAUUAUAGACCGUCCUACAAUGUUUCAGACUAAACCUUUCCUACAUCAUGACUCUAACAACAACUCUUUUUUGUAUUCGUAGGAUUUGCUCAUCCUUCCAGCUGUGGUCCGAAAUUCAGAAAGCGUCAACAAAUUUUUUGGUGCCUUUUUGGAAACAACAGCCACAUGUGAAAGGUCUGGCCGAAGAAAGUUAUACUUUUAACUAAAGAUUGACUGGAACAUUAGAAUCUAAUGAUACAUUUUUUUUUUAGGUCAAAAAACGAGGAAGAGUUAAAAAAAGUCAAUAAAGUGGUUGAAGUUUUAAGUGGUACGUAAAUCUUAUGAUUAAUGUCCAAUUUCCACUCUCUAUCCAUCCAUCCAUCCAUCCAUCCAUCCAUCCAACGGUACGUCCGUCCGUCCGUCCGUCCGUCCGUCCGUCGAUCCAUCUAUACAUCUGUCCGUCCGUCCGUCCGUUCAUUCAUUCAUUAUUCAUUCUAUCCGUAUCCAAUUUUUAAAGAUUGAAUUAAAUAGUCGUUUUUGACCGUUUAUGGUAUUUCCUCUUUCAAUAAAAAUCCAUUGUCCUGAAAACUAUUCUUAAACCAUCCAUUUUUAGGACGAGAUCCUCUCCGAACCUUACCGAGGAGUCCAUUGCUGGGUUAUAGAAAGAACAAUGCAGAGUUAUUUCCAGACGACCUAAAGCCCAAAAGCAAGAGUCUUCCACGACGUGGUCGGUUCGGGAGAACCACUUUUGAGCCAGGUAUCAAGGCAAACACUACUCGUUCACCAGUCUUGACAAAUAGACAGUUUAGCGUUGGUGUUGGCAUUGCCGAGAUGUUCAAGAACAACUUAAACUUUACAUCAAACAUAACCCAAGCGGAACAUUCCCAAAGUGCUGAUGCGCCGCGCAUUCAGCCUCCUAGCGAGACGAAAGAGAAUCACUCCAGAGGUGAAGAUACCACUGGAGAUACAGAAGAAACCAGAUCUGGAAUAGAGGAGCCUUGUAUCCAAAUGAAAUCAGCUCAAAGUGAAAAUAGCCCCAGAGGAACAAAGUAUUUGGCUAUCUCGUCAUAUGUUGCGGAGGAAAGUAGUGAGGUGUCUCUUCAAUCCGAAGAAGAAGUCGAAGUCCUCGAGAAACUUUCUAGUGGUUGGUGGUAUGUGAAAAAGGAAAUCGGAGAGGGAUGGGCACCAAGAACAUUUCUUAAACCUGUUCAGGUAUUCAGGUCAAAAUUUCCCGAAGCACUGGAUCUGUCUCAAAGCAAAGAAACAUUGGAUGACAUUUCGGAAAAGAAAAUCGUGAGAGAGAGUGAGAUGGGAUUCCACUUGCAAGAAAAACAGAAGGUAUACUUCAUCUCAUUGGUCAAUUAUGUUCUACUACACAAAAAAUACCAUAAGUGUUACUUCUGUUCCUGGAAAGGUCUAAAAAGGUUUCCCUUUUUUGAAUUAUUAGUUUUGGAUAAUCUCCUUGCAUUCACCAUUUUUAAUCGUCUGAGUUUUGUUUUUCUGUCGAUCGCUGUAGCAAUUGAGUGUAAGGAGUAUCGAGAGCAUGGGAAAACACGAAAGACAACGAGUGUAGAACUUAACAGAAGUAGGAGCAUAAGGCAAAGGGAAUGCAACUAAAUACGUGUGUUAAUGCACUGGCGUAUUUGGUCCGCUCACAGAGAAAACCAUCCCGCCAGUUCCAAUACUAGCUAGUAUACAGACUUGUAGAGAAGACUCCCUAGGUUAAGCUUACGAGUCUUAUUUUUAAAGAGAAAUAACGCAAAAUACUUGCUGAUCCGUUUCGUUUAGAAGCCAUUUUGGCAACACCAACUUUAUACUUCAUGUAAGGCUUGUAAGAAUUUCAUUUGUACUCAAACUGCAAACAAUUUUUAUUUGUGCCAAUGAAUAAGACUUUCCCGAUACUGUUAGCGUUUUCUUGCAGGGUAAUUUAAACUGAGCUAAAACACUCAAAGUUUGUUGUCGAUUCCUCCACUAUUUGCUAAAAGCUGAAAAUUAACAGCUUGUGUUUUUAGUCCUCCAUCACUGGCCUGCAAAGGGGGUUCGUUCGAACCCCUCGAACCCCCUCCUAUGGGCCUGAUUUAGCGGAUAAUUAGCAGGGUUCCCGUGGAUGUCCAAUAGAAACGGGGGUCAUUGUAAUAUUGGUAAUCUAUUUCUCAAAUAUGGCCUCUUUCCUCUGUUACGUCAUAUAUGAGUGUUAUAAAUGAAUGUCUACAGUAUUCCGGAUAGCUUAUCAUGUCACACACGGAAAAUUCUCCGGCCUGGUAUGAGCACAUGUUCAUUUUGCUACUGGUACAGAUAACUAUCUGACAGGCGCCAUCUACUUUCAAGAUCGGUGUGGCGUAGAUUCGCUCCGAAAUCGCCUUUUUUCUGUUUUAACAAAAGCCCAAUUCGAAAUGGUUUUCGGCAGCAGUGUAGACACCAACUUAAUAAAUAUCACAAGCGUAAUCGAUCGAAAUGACGUAAUAAGGAAAAAGAUAUUUGCAUUUUGGUGCUAAGAGUAAGAAUAAGGGAAAAUGAAAAGAAACCGCAUUUUUUUUUUUGAAAAAGAUCUCCCUAAACUUUUGAAUUUUCAAGUGUUCCCAUGUGUCGCAAAAAUUCGCGUGUAAAGACUGUAAAAGUUUGAAUUUACAACAACUUAGAGAAGCGUGUAUAAUUAUAAUAAUUACAUACAAAAUUUAACCACUACAAAGAAAAGAGCGCAGACAGAACCUGAAGUGUUCCUGUUGACAUGUUUAACUUAUAGCUUCCUUGGGUUAAAGGUGAGAUUUCAUGGAGGCAUAAUCUACAGUUUACGAAGCAAUCGGCAAGUUUGGGAUCUCAUUAAUGUUUGUGUGAAAAUGUUAGAGUACCUAUCAGAAGGCAUGUAGAAAAGCAAGAAUAUAAUAUCAUAUCUGUAGAGAAUAUAUAUAGAAUUUUUCCAAAUAGAUUGAAAUGCGGAAGUACAAGAACGUGACCAUUAUGCUACCGGUGGAACCAUUAAGUAACGUCAUAGCCUUAAACUCAUUGUUUUUUCAAGCUUCCUCAAGAGAAGGCACGAAGACUGAGGUUAUAAAUGCAGCUGAGUAUAUUUUUUUCUGUUACUUAGUCCCUGAGUCAAACCAGUGAAAACGAGUCACAAGAAACGGAAUCAACUGAGAUGGACCGACGGGUAAAACUUGUUUCAGUGGAAGGAAUUCAGAAACGCAAGACCCCAGAUAAAAAUUAUGUAAGUAUUGCAAACCGGUUAGUUAGUAAAUCACCUAGUGAACGGCGAAUUCCAGAAUGCCUUAAUCUUGUUUUCAAUAAAAACGGAAUUCAGCAUUAGAAAACCUUAGAAAAUGUCAUUAAUUUUCGUCACACUUUAUGCACUGAAGUGUUUGCCAAUUACCGUCGAUAAAUUGAUCAAUGAUCAGAUUGAAAGGGGAGAGCCGGACUGUUGUUAGUCCUGCAAUCAGUAGGAUUACCACUUACUAAACGAUAGACCAGAAUUAGUUCAAUUUAUUGUCUCUGAGCUACUUUAAUCGACUAUCUGUUGUUCGCCUAAGUCCAGAUAACGGCUCAUCGGUAUACGCAGACAUUAUUAAGGUGACAAAUCGCUGUAUGUAGUAGUUGCCUUUUUUAAGUUAGAUGUUACUUCUUCUUAUUUAGCAGAUAUUGCCGAAGAACGCAUCAGUGUUUUGUUAAAAUGCUUAAGAAAUGUCCUAAAUGCAAAAUUUUGCUAAUUUGCUCCCGUCUAGGUUUAUAUUCUCAAAGUGCUGUGGUCAGACGGAAGUAUUAACAUCAUCUACAGAAAGUGCAGUGAUUUCUUUUUUCUACAGGUUUGAAACAUAACGGUCUUAGGCGAAGGCCAAACGUGGAACUUUUCAUGAAACUAACUAAAUUUUAAUUUGGUCUGAAGGUUGAUCCAGACUCCUCGAGACAAACUUAACUCAAGACAGAAGUCGAACUUUUCAUGAACUUUAUAUCGGAUCAAUUUGGUUCGUCUUAUCAAUGAAAAGUUCGAUGUUAAUGGGCAGGCCUUAGAUUUAAAUAAAGUUCUUCAUCUCACUUUGACCAAUUUUAGAAGUCGAAUUUUUCGUUGAUCGAACCAAAUCUAAUUGCAAAUGAGGCAGAACAAUAGACUUUGCCAUAAGCAUUAUAUUUGGCAGAGUGAACUGAGUUUGACUCUUGAUACAGACCUUAGGAGGAGAAGUUUCCACUUCAGUGUUGGCCAAGUAUCAAAUUUUCUCGUUGACGAUUCCAUCGUUGACGUGUAUCCAUGAUUUAUAGUACAUUUGGUAACGAAGGGUCGAUACUGUUGCCGGCAUUUCUUUUUCAUUGGGAGCUAGCGCCGAGCAAUCAUUUUCAGCACUCCGUUAGAAUUUUUCUUAGCCAAGGACGAGUGAUAUCACUCAGUCUUCCUUUUCAGACGUUUGAUUGAUUAAUUAUAUAAUUAUAAAUAAAAUCUAUCAUAUAUGAACUUUGGAUACAAAUUUGAAUAGGGAAAUAUUAAUCGAAGCUAAUAAGUAUAAUUCAAAUCUAAUGAUCUUCGCUUAACCCGCCGGUUUGAUGCAGUCCGGUCAACUGUGUAGUCGCUAUUGACGUCCGAACCUGGUUAAGUCUUUAUUUCAUUUGAUUUGUUCCUAGUAUUGGUUAGCAAAAUUGAUCGCUUUUAUCAGGAUUUGUGUUUGAAAAAAAUUUUCAACUGCAUUUAAAUCCUUUUCUAAUGCGUCACCCAAAUUGGGAGCCAAAUUGAAGUUGUUUUUACUAAUCGAUCAGUAAAUAAAGACAUAGUCAUCUACUGAAAAUUCCUCUCAAACCCACUUGUUUUUAACAUAAAAACGCAAAGGCGGGUAAUUAAGCUAUCUUUAUACCAGUUGAUAAAGGGAAUAGUGAGAAAUAAUUUCCAAAUAUGAUCUUUGUGAAAAUCAAGAUUGUUUUACCUAUAGGAAAACCUCAAAAAAGAAUUUCCGAAGGGCACUGGCAAAGAAAUUCCCGUGUUAAAAGGUGAGAAAAUAAAAAUGACCUAAAUGCUCCCCAAAUUAAUUCUGUGGUCACAAUGAAGGGUUUAGUUGCUAAAGAAACUAUGAUAUCGAUACUUUGUUGUUGGGAGAGGAAAUCCGACGAAAGGACUUCAGUUUGUCAAUAUUGUUAAGUUGGCUUUAAAAUUUCAUUUGAUCAACCUUAGCUAUAAUUUUUGUUUUGGUCAUAACUAGUUAGAAUGUCCGCGGUCAUCAAGUCUACAAAACUGAUUCAACCCAAUACAAUUCUGGUUUGACUUGUUCUUUUUCAGGAAGAAAAUUUUCUGAAAACUGCGAGUUUUGCUUCAAGGAUGGAACAUGCAAACGAAGACAGUCUUUGAACAAGUUUUUUUACGUGAGUAUAGAAACAAGAUGAAGGAAAAUUAGUCAGUAAAAUUUUGGAAAUCUGCUCAUUAUCCCUUCGCUAUAAACGCAAUUUCCUUAAUUCUAAUGGCUUAGUAAACAGUUAUUAUUUCUCUUGUGUAUUUUCCCAGUUAUUAGGUUUUAAUUUCAUACUAAUUUUCCCCUCCCUUUAUUAUUUAUAAGGACCUUAUCAACGCUCCUGAUGAUAUUUCAAACUGCCAAGCUGUCCUCCUCUUUUGUCGGGCUCGACUCAGUGAUUUGCGCCCUCAUGGAACGUAAGUAACGUGAUUAUUCUGAUGAACGCACGUAGCAUUCUCUUUGACCCCAGAUAUGUCAAUUCUGAUUAACAUCAUCAUAAUGUUCACCGUCACCACCACCAUCAUAAUCAUCAUCGUUGUUCAUCGUCGGCAUCAUCUUCGAACGUAUUCAUGAUCAUUAUGGUUAUAAUGUCUCAAAACCAGAAGUAGUAAAAAAUUAUACAAUUUGAGACACUAACCAAGAGCUUAGGUAAAGAAUUCCAAUUCUGCUACUUCAACUUAUUUUAUUACUAAGAAGGUUAUCUUUUUCUGUCUGCAUUUGUGUUAGACAUUAGAUUUAAUUUAGUAAAAUAUAUUACAGCGGUCUUACUGUUUUAUUUCAGUCCAUUUCUUAAAUUGUCAGAAAUGGAAAUAAAACAGUAAGACUGUAAUAUAAAUUUUACUGCCAAAAAUAGCAAAAAGUAUUCGUUUCAUUUUUUGUUUUGUACUUUCUUCAUUUUCAGAUCUAGCAAAGCUAACAACAAGACCAAUGAAAGUAAGUGACAAAUGCAAACUAUAUAUAUAGCUAUGACUUGAGCUUUUCGCUUUUUCUUUCAAAAUUAAAGGAGAAACAAAUAGUUGAUUAGAGAUUGAAAUUGCCUCAGCCCUUUCGAGUCCACGUAUUCUCAUCGUCAGACAAAGUCCCCAACAUACUUGCUAGGAUAAGGAACUACACAAACUAAGAACAGGCGAUGAUAGGAUGAACAGUGCUUUCUGUGUAUGCAAUUUCUUUCUUAACCCUUUUUUUUAUUGCAGGUGAUAAUAACAGCAGUGUUCAGAUAUCAGGACCUGUGGUGUUUGAGCAGUACAUAGCCAUUGCUGACUACAAAAAGAAGAACAAGAACGAUAUUUCACUGACAGCUGGUGACACUGUUGAUGUUAUCGAAAAGAGCGACUUUGGUAAGGAAUAUUAAAGCAGAUUGAAGCAGUUUUUCAGCCAACAUUGUUUACUUCUUAAAUGUAAGUUAAUGAACACUUAAUCUAACUGUUAAAGCAUUCUGAAUCAGUUUUAUUCAUAAGUAAAACUAGAUUUUACGUCUUAAUCCUUUACAAUUAUCCGGAGCGGUCGCUUUUAACCUCAAGUUGAGCUUUAGUAAACGUACCAUUACGUCUUAUUCGGACCGGACAUACAAGCUUAAAGCUUCUACCAUGCAUGUGACUGUUAUUUUUCUGCCUUAACAGAGCUGAUUUUUUAUGAAAGCUUUCCUAAUUUAUUAGACUUAUUACUGUGAAAGCGGGGUUUUCAUCAUCGAGAAAUGGAGGACCAGGGCAAUACAUAGUUGAAUUGUUCCAUCGAUGCAUACAGAGCGAGAUCUAUAGAGCAAAAUUAGUACCAGCUGGAGAUAAAUAUCAAUAUGGAUCUUUAAUAAUAAUAAUAAUAAUAAUAACAAUUUAAUACAUGUACUAUUCUUUUAAAGGUUGGUGGUUGGUUGACCGUGAAGGCGAGUUAGGCUGGGCUCCUGCGUCACAUCUGGAGCCUACUGAUGAUGGGGUAGAGAUCACUGCCUCCAGAACCUUUGCUCCUGGUCAAGGUAGAUGUUACACAAGCUUAUGUAACCUUAAGUAUGAUUGAGCAACGCGAAAAAACACUUAAACAUGAAGAGUAAAUUAAAGUAAAAACACGACAGAUAUUAUAUCAUAUUUCUUAUCAUAAAUGGCCUUUUUUUGCUAUAAAGAGUGAUUAACAUGAUUGAAAGUUUGGCCUAAACUACACCGAUAAUUUUGGAAAGUUUCGUUCAUAAUACUUUAAAGGUAACCUUAUGCGGCAUAUUAUCAGUAAUAUAACCACAUCAAUAAUGAUGUUUUUUUUUUUCAAUUUUAAUGCGCAGAGGAAGCAUAUCAGUCGAUGCAAAGCUAUGAAGCAAGAGCUGAAGACGAACUUUCUUUUGACAUUGGUGUUACCCUCAAAGUUGUAGAAAAGAACCUAGAUGGAUGGUGGCUAGCCAGGUAAGACAGUGAUGGAACGUUUUUAGCAGUUGCAAUAAUAACUGAAAUGGUUUACACACAAUGCCUGACUACACACAUGACACUGAAAUCUCCCAAAAUUUCAAGCGCCGGAUUCCACCUUAUUACAACAGAUCGCUCAGUGAUCCACCCUUAACACUUCGCUCAAAUUUAUGUGGGCCCCAGACCUCCCACAAAAUACUCUCCGACUCACCCCAGGCGACCGCUAUCUAAGGGGUGGUCACAUUUACAUGGUAUUUAAGUUAGAAAAUGACUGACUGUUGUUACUUUCGGGUCAAUCGUUUAAAAAUUGAGUGAUUAAGAGGUAGCAGUAACGAGUUUGCCAAACGAUAAUAGGCAUAAGUAAUAUUAAAACCUAUCUACUUUUACACUUCUUAGAUACCAGGGCAAAGAAGGCUGGGUGCCUGCAAUGUUUCUGUUACGAGUAGUUGAGUCUGAUGACUCUUCGCCUUCAUCUAGUGGAAAAAUUUGUGGACUGGGGGACACUGUGUCCUCUCAACGGGGUAGGUGAUUUGUUGCAUCGAUUAAUUUUAUAUUUACAGUUUUGAACAUUUCCUUAUUCCUUCCGUGUAGGAGCUAGGAAAGGGAAUUUGCAUGGAUCUACGUUUUUCAUUUUAACAAGAGACCUGAGCAGUCACACCUCAGUAGUACUGAACCAUAAUAAAUGCUUUACCUAUUUGGUGUUUUUCUACUUCAUCCACAGGCCAAAUAAUAUUUCGAGGUUUCCUUUUUUCUUUUCUACGAAAGAAAAAUCAUUAUCCAAAAUAGCGUUACUGAACUGCUGCGCAUUCUUUUUCAUGGCUACUUCAGUGGUCUCCCUCGCAGCCUGUUUUGUCACGUCACGAACGCCCUUCCCUAUAACUCCAAUCCAUCUUUCUAGAAUGUUUAUAAUUUUUUACUGGGCUCCGACCUGACCUAUGGGGAGGGCCAGGAAUGAGACACGCAGGUACCAUGCGGGGUACCCUCCCCUACCCCAUUCCCAUUUUCCAUGGACAGAUCACCAGCGGUUGUGACCAGGGUUAAGACUAUGAGGUUUGGUGUGGCUGUUGCCGUAAGAAUUGAUCCCUACCUUCCUUUCUGGUAUUUAACGUCUGUAACCAACUGAGCUAACCAGUAAUCAUAUAACAUUAAUUGAUUAACGCAACCAUUUUUUCAUAGUAGUUUCUGAAGAAAGUGACAUUGUGACAGGCCGAAGAUCACCUCCCACAAGGCGAAGUAUGGUAAGUUCUUCCGCUGUCAAUUUUGCGUUAACCUCUUAUAAAGCCUGACAAAAAGAUAGGUAGCGUUGCUUUUUGUCGCUUCUAUCUUACUUCUUUCUUUACAACGUUUCUAUAUUUAAUGAAUAGCUUAGUAAACGAUGAGUUUCAAUAAUCGUUGGACUUUUAUAAGAGCUAAACCUUUAAAUGAUUUCCAUUACACUUAGAAACAUUCAUAAAAUAGUAAUUUCUUUUUUUUUAAAUUCGUAUUUCCUUAGUAAUGGAUUAUCAUCGAAAAUUGCAUUUACUAUUUUUUCGUUUUCCGGCAGGUUCAGCGAUCGAUCAAAAAGAGGCCAAAUAAAAAUAUCACUCCUCCUCAGCCCACUGAAACAAAGCCGAAAGAAAAGGAACAAAAUCAGGGAGAUACGAUAUCUUUUUCAAGCGGAUAUCAUACCUCUUCAAGCAGCAGUCUGUCCUCUCUAGUUUCAGAUGUUUCUAUACCUGAAACGGAAAGCGUUGUGCAGUGUGCAUUACCGGGUAGUUCUGAUAGCUGUGUAGUAAGCACUGCUCCAAAACAGGUUUACUCCAGCUCAAAUCUUGUAACAACAUUAGCACAGGAUGCGAAUACAUCCGGGUCUUCUGUGAAUGAAAGUGCAUUGAGCUCAGGAAGAAGAAGUCCCAUUCCAUCACCAAGAAGUAAAAGCCCCAGACGCAGCCCCCAGCCGAGAAUUGAUGAAAUUAAAGUAACUCCUGUUGAGUCCAUCUCUGAAAAGGAGCAAGAAAAUGAUUCCCAGAUCACGAGGUAUCAAGCCAUGUACACGUACAUCUCUCAAGACAAAAACGAAAUUACCAUUAACGAGGGAGACAUAGUGGAGGUACUUAAGCGGAGCAGUAAUGGCUGGUGGCUUUUAAGCGCAAACGAUCAUCAGGGUUGGGGUCCAUCAAAUUUCUUGCAACCAGUGUAAAUGGACGGAACUUUUAUUUAGAAGAGGAAUCUUUCUGCGAAUUCCGGAAUGUUUGCUUAGUCAGGGAAAUGCUACUUCCAAAGUGAAAUAUAAUUUGAAAUGAGACAUCACUUAUUAAUAGCACUUGACAUGACUAUUCGUUUUUAGUUUUAUCAUUGACACAGUACAAGUUCGGAAAGAACAAAAAGUGCUGAAACCUGAAUUAAAGUCAACUAGUUUAAUUUUAUCGCGAAGAAGUUCUGAACAUUUUCAAAUAAUUAAAAUACUAUAACUGUUAACUUUUUUAAGCUUUUGAUAUAAUAUAUAGUACAGGUUGCUAUUUGCCGACAGAAACUGAAUAUUUCGCUACAUUAAGUUCGUAAGGACUCCGUAAGCUAAGUUUAAAAGUGAGCGCCGUCUUAUCCUGAAAGACUAUUUUUAGAUACAUAUAUAGCAAAGUGGAAUAGCAGGAUGGUGUCCCAGUAACGAAGGCCGUAUCAGCAAGGGCUUUAAACAAUGCUCAGCAAGAAAAAGAGAAGUUCGAGACGAUUGAUGCUAGAAUCAAGAUACAAUAAUCAUACAAUAAUCACUCUAAAUAAGGGCUAAUAGAGAAAAAAAAAUAUGAAAUAGGUUAACGUAAUUCAAUAUUAAAAAUGAGCCGAAAUUUUUUUGUUCAUGGUGUAUUAGUACUACAGGCAGCCAAAGCUCAGUAUAUGAGGGCAAAUGGCAAGGCAGGAUGGUUUAAAGCGUAAACGCGUUGUUUUCGCUUCGGCCUCUCGCACUAGACGAAGUAAGGCACGAUUGGAUUGUUCGCGUGGACGCUACGAUUACACUAGAGGAUUCAUAAAUUUUUAUUGAGGGUGAUUCGGAUCAUUUCGCAAGCUUUCAUAGAGUCUUCAUACUAAAAACGCAUUCGGAUUCCCAACAGUUAACACACAUCGAUAAUACUGGGUGGCUUAAGCAACGACGACGGCGACAGCAACGAGAACAAAGUCAAAAAGCAAAAGGCCUUAAGUUAAAAGACAAGUUUUGCAUCUGUAUCACGCUUUUUGGUACAUUUCUUUGCCGUGCACGACCAAUGGAGUACGUGAAAAUAAACAGACGAUAAUGAGUUUUUCUUUCCCAGUUCAAACUUGGGUGCGGUCCCCAAGGAUUCAACUCCAGUGAAAUUCACCUACAUUUGCCCUUUUGAGCAAAUUGGAAUAAACGCAGAAAAGUUUGAAAAAACGCGAAUUCGUGUUAAUAGUGACGUGUUUGCUACCCUCGCCAUCAACAUUUGUAAAGCACCCUAUAUUCACGAACGUGACACUUACAUUUUGGCUUUACCGCAAAAUUAACUCUGAUGAUCAGAGGAAGACGGCAUCAUGAUUCGUUGGAAGAACUGUUUCACUUUACGAAACAUUGAGAAAUUAAAGUUAAGGUAAUUAGAUACAACUUUUUCACUUUCGAUUUCGGAUUCAAAAUCUUCAGAGACUUGACCAAACCGGGAACUUUUUUAAAAAGGCGACAAAGGAUUUUUUUAAAUUACUUGGAGACGUCAUCAACGCUUAGGCUUACAGUAACCUUACCUUUGGGGACAUUAUCGAGGGGGUGAUGGAGGGGGGGGGGAAGGGUGUGGUUUGGGGCUGGGGCAUUUGCUGAGUUGUCCGUACCACUGAAAAAAUCCUGGCUACGCCCCUGAUUAAGGCAAGCUUUAUCAGAAUAACCCAACUAGCCUUGAACCUCGAAAAAAGUAUGAUGUGUGUGUUUUGUUUUUUUUUUUUUUCCGAGGAGAAGGCGCACACUGGGGUGGGGUGUGGAUGGGGUUCGACCGGCUCUCCCUCCCCAUUCUUGCAAGAAACAAACCAACCGGGAAUUUUUUAAAAAAGGGAAAAAAAGUUUUUUUUUAAAUUAGUGGGGGGCGCCAACCCCCCUGAUGCUUACAGUAACCUUACUUUUGGGGAAAUUUGGGGGGGGGGGGGGGGGGGGGGGGGGAAGGGUGUGGUUUGGGGCUGGGGCAUUUGCUGAGUUGUCCGUACCACUGAAAAAAUCCUGGCUACGCCCCUGAUUAAGGCAAGGUUUAUCAGAAUAACCCAACUAGCCUUGAACCUAGAAAAACGUGAUGCGGAAGAGUUUGGGGGCAGCUACAGGGCAAUUAAUAAAGAUUUCACAUUCACUUGACAUUCGUCAGAGAACAUAGAUAACAUUAGCAGGAAGAAAAAAUAACAGUUUUUAAUUUUAGUCGCUUAAUUCAUUUUUUGCGCAUUUUAUUUAUUGCAUAAACCUUUCAUUUCUUCUUACAGAGUGCACUUUGCCAAACCGCUGCAAUAGCCGCUCAAUAAUGUUCCAAUGAUUUCUUCCUGUCACUCUAUGUAUGCUUAACUUAAUACAUGAAGAGGCUAAGGUCUUGCUUGAUUAACCAUAUUCCGGAUUAUUACGGGCGACAAGAGGAGCCCGCAAUCCUAAUCUCCAGAUUGUUAUUACGUAUGCGUCGCAUGUAUGUAGCCAGCAUUCGUUCGCCGGCGAAAAUUGUCUGAUUGGUCGACGCGCGACCACGUGACAUUGCCAAAUUCAAAAUGGCGGCAAUACCUCCAUCGUUUGUUUAUUGUGGAAAGAAGAUUAAUGGCGGCUUAAUAUGAGUUGCAAAUGCAUAUACGGAAUUUUUUAACAUAGCCUAGACUUUUUAUUAUCCUUUUUCACCUAUUCCUAUGGGAUUCGUUCCCUGCGAUGCUCGCGUUUUGGUCUUUUUACCAGAUUCAACUCUGGACUUGUUUAAGCGAUCACUCUUCACGAUCACGAAGGACAACAAUAUUUCUGAAAAAAGCCGGGUCACUAAAAAGAACGGCCUUCGUUUACAGCUCAAUGCAGUCGAGAAAUAAGACACUAUAGGUCCUUUGAAAUUGCUCAGAGACUAGGAAGAUAUUUUAUUAUUUUUUUACCGAAAACAUAAAGCAAAAUUAUGUUUUCUCCAGCAAGACUUAAGUUUCUAAUUGAGCUAAAUGAACUAUAGUGUCUGCAUUCAUGUUCCUUUCAUUGUGAACGAAUGCAAUUUUAAUAUCAAAACUUUAAAGCCGUCUAUAACCGGGCAGGUUUUUUAUCUUUUUUCCUUCUAAUGGUUACUGUGCUUGAUAUGAAUAAGAUAAUGAAAUUUUUAAAAUUAGGGGAAUAUUAUACAUAAAAGAAGAGAACUUUGAUUGCAAAUAUGUUAGUUGGAAAAAAUACUGAUUAUAUCCUUUUAGUAUAUAGGUUAGAAAAGUGAUGCGUAGUCAAAAGUGCUAAAAAGGAGUAAAAACCCAGAUCUUUCCAUUCAUAAAUUUUAUUGACACUGUCAGGGACAUAUGGUUUGGUUGAGUACACAUUUGUUCGUCAGAAAUCUUGUUUGUGAGGCUGCACUUUGUUUGAUUCAGGAUCAAUCAAUCUUUUCUGAAGAGAAAUAAACAAUAAAGUACGUUAACAUGUCAGAUACUUCAACACUGCCUUAGCCAACAAGUAAGAAGAAACUGAACUUCACAUCACAAAAACAAAGUGAAAACUACUUCACUGUGAAACAACAACCCCUUCAAAUAUAUAUCACAUUAAAUUAAUGCAAAAUGUAGACCUGAUGAUAAGUUUAUAGGAAUAGAAAUAAACGAUAAUUACAAUGAAACUAUAAAGUUUGAAUGAGAUCUGUAUUUGAGUGUUCUCUCAUAAUUCUGACAGAAGAUCAAAAUUGGAAACUGUAUAUCCUACACAACUAAGCACUUUAGAAAACUGCCGCAACCCGGCCGCUUUCCACUAGCCACAAGACAAUUUACACAGCAAGACAAUGGCUAAGGAUAUUUCUUUACCUUCUUUAUAAUUUCCUUUUGUAUCGAAUGACCCGAAAUUAAGUUGAACCAAGCGUAAGCUUAUUUUUCUGCCAUAAACGGUGUAAACACACGGAGAUUUAGCAUCUAAAUAUAGUUUUUCCAGCAACAGAGUACAAGCUAAGUAAUUAAUAUUUACAAAACAAAGCCCAAAAAUGUCCGUCCCUCUACUUUUUUUGGUUGAACACGUGAUAAGAAACCUGAACUAAACAACAAAAACAUUUUGGAUAGCGUUGUAAUACGCCCUUCGAUCAACAGUCGAAUGUUGUCGAAUGUCAGAUUCACGAAGUCGAAUUUUGACACAAAAACGGGAUACACAUUUAACAAAACUGUCGCUUCCGUGCAACUCGGUACAAGCUAAUUUAUAUACCAAAACAAAGCCCAAUAAUUUUUCUUCCACUACUUUAUAAUUUCUUUUUGUACCGAGUUGCACGGAACAUGCAGUAAGCAAAGAGAGUAAAAAUUACCCACCUUUUCGGCAUGUCUUCCACACUCAAACCGGCGAUCUCAACGUCANACAUUUAACAAAACUGUCGCUUCCGUGCAACUCGGUACAAGCUAAUUUAUAUACCAAAACAAAGCCCAAUAAUUUUUCUUCCACUACUUUAUAAUUUCUUUUUGUACCGAGUUGCACGGAACAUGCAGUAAGCAAAGAGAGUAAAAAUUACCCACCUUUUCGGCAUGUCUUCCACACUCAAACCGGCGAUCUCAACGUCAACAACACUGAAUCGGACCAUGCCACUGCGAUAUUUCGCCAGUUCCAGGACGCUAUAUUCUCUAGAGAACACACUUCCUGAAAACUUCGACCAAAAUAAUUUUUGAUCUCUUGCAGUGGCAAGAAAUUGCAACGCUGUCACUGCCAAAAAAGCUGCCAUCGCUUCUUUCAUCUCAACAACAUUUCGCGGGUAUUUUUGCCCCGGAGCCAAUGACAUUGCCCGAGAUAGAUCACGUGUCAUUUUUAGUAGAGCAUGCGCAGACAUUUUUCGCCGGUGAACAGCAUUCGUUUGAACUUCCACUAAGAAUGUAUGGAGUGCACAAAACAAACUUUGAUCACGCACGUUUGGACAGUUCUAUCACGCUUAAUCUGAUCACGCGUGUUUUGACCAUCUCUCACGUGAAACUUACGCAACGCACAGCCCUGGAGCAAAAGCUUUUAGACCCUCGAUCGUUGUCGCCCAGACUCCGUAACCUUUGGUUAUAACUACAGUCGAACCCCGCUAUUUCGAACUCGGUUAAUUCGAAGUCCCCGCUAUUUCGAAGGAAGAUCGAAUUCCCUUGGAUUUGCCCUUAUGUUUUCAGUCAUUUACUAUCAGCUAUUUCGAACUCGGUUAUUUCGAUUUCCCCGCUAUUUCGAACUCAUCGUUCUUUCCCUACACCUAAAAUCAAUCCCAUUAUUUCGAACUUGUCAAAAGAGCACAGCUGGAAACGUAUUGCAUUUUAUUUGAGCUCGUGUUGCGUAAUUUAUGACUUAACAAUGCUUGACUCUCCUGCAGAGUCCCGCUAAGAAAUUCCAGCUGGGUUAUUCAAUUACAACAACGAAACGCACUGGUAGUGAACUGUUCUUCUGGCUGAAAUACUCAUGUAUGAACUCUGCCGUCUCUAUUCUGAUCAUUCGACAUUGUAAAGUAAUGUUCUGAAUUUUCUUUUUUGAUUACAAACGUAUUUUAUUAAAAGGGAUUCAUUGUUACGAAUUUUACUUUUCCCCAGUUAUUUCGAAACCCCGCUAUUUCGAACUUUUUUCCAUUUCCCUUGGGACUUCGAAAUAGUGGGGUUCAACUGUACGUAGUUACUAAGAAUAAAUGGAUUAAAAUCUAGUUUUGCAUUCAUUGCAUUACUAUGUCUAUGAUGCUCCUUGAAACAAAAAGUAUUGCGAAGUAUAACUCCAAAAGUCAAGAAAGACUUGUGACAAAACUUGCGUAUCCUUAUUCCGUAAUACGCUCAAUCGAAACCACCCUAAACUGAUCUAUUGUGUCCACCCAGACCAAACAGCUUUCUUUGUUUACGUCCAGCCAGCUGAGUCAAGGACUUGUAUAAGGAGGCCUACACAUAAAUACACUGAUCUUAUAGCUAAGUACAGUCCACUGAACAGAGUUGUCGUUGUCACUUGCAACAUGUCCGCAGAGGGGAAGACAGUGUUUGAAGCAUCUGUUACCGGAACUUUUCCAUCGAAGAAUAACGGAACCGUCCCUGAGGUUUGCCAUUUCUUUGCUUUUGCGUGUUUAAAUACCGUGUUUUCGCGAAACCCAGGUCUGACUUGAUAAGUGUUGGCAAGAUCUGAGGAAGAGAUUAGUAGAAUUAAUGGCACAGCUGAUCUCACGUUAGCAAUUAGGAAGUUUCUUUCUUUAAAUGUCAGUAACAAAAAAUAAGCGACAACAUUGGAAGACCAAGCGCUAAAGUAAUUAGCUUUUACAGUGUAUGUGUUCUGUGAAAAACGAAUGACAGGAAAUACAUUUGUUAUAAAACAGCGAAAAAGUAAGCUUUCUUGGUUCAAACUAUAUGAGUACUGACAGUACUCCGGUAAGCGUUACUAGUUUCUGUCUGGACUCGGACUUCAUAUCUUAAUUUUUACAUUUUUUCCCCUAUCAGGCAUAUAAGAUCACAGUUCUGUACUCUGAUGGGAGCAAAAUGGCCCUUCGGAAAACAUAUGACGAUUUCAUUGAGUUGCAGGUACGUUUCGGUUGAUCGAUUUGAAAUACGAAUUAACUCAAUGUUUCAAGGUUCCACUCCGAAAUCAUAUUCAAGUUGUAUAGUGAUACUCAGUAAUAAAACUGAAUUUAUUGAAGAUGAUAACUGAUAUUUAGCCUGUUUUUGUAAAAAGUAACAGCUCGCCAGUUUGCAUUCUUUGUACUGGAGAGUAUUGUACUUUACUGAUCACCUUGGGUUUAGGUCCAGACAUUGAAAGGGAAGGCAGGCGUUAAGUCUGUAAGCAAAUUUAAGAAUUGUAGUACUGAAAACUACAUGUAUACUAAUUUCAAAUGCAUACAGUUUACUAGAUUUUCGUAAAUUAAAAUUGAGAACCAUUUAAACAUGCCAAACAGCAACGGUACGUACGUACCACGGCAAGAAAUAUGGCAUUCACCGUCUCGAAAACCCUCGGUUAAUUUUCGAAAACGCGGCAUUUUGCUAAAAUUCUCUCGCCUUUUCCGGUCGUAAAAUCCACUCUUUUCCCGUCGUUUUCUGGCCGGUAAAUUUGAGUAUUCGUUCCAUUAUCCGAUAGUUUUCAGGCUCAGUUAACACCAGGAAAACGCUUGUUUUACUGGCGUUAACCGGACCGUUAACGCACGGCUAAUACAAGCAAAACACACGGAAAACAUACGGUUAACACAUGAGGAACGGAUCGUAUUCCGUUGUUCACCGCUGUUUUCCAUUGACUUAACAUCGCGUUUUUUGGUGUUUUCAAGUGGCAAAACAAAGAAUUCACAGACGUUUUCCGUCAUUUUGCGUGAGUUUUCUCGCGUUUUCUGGGGCAGCGAACAACUAGAAAAUGCCGGAAAACAGCAUGUUCCCCAACGUUCACCCAUCGCUUAAUGAGAUGUUUUCCAUCGUUUCAAAACUUUUUUCUCCAGGAAAACGCGCCGUUUUCAGUAUCGAAUGCGCUUAUUUUCUCGCAUCUUCUACGUUUCCAGUGUGAUCUUAUGCGGGAAUGUAACUUAGUCCUUUAUUCACUGGUGUUUUCGUUCAAAAUUUAACAUUCGUUGUUGCAGUUUUGUUUUUCCCGGCACCCGCCAUAGGUGCUUUAAACGACAAAUAAAUACUUCGAUUCUCUCCCCGAUAUCCCUCAAUGGAAACAAGUAAUGAAAAGCUCUCAAUGUACUUCUGAACUCUUUUAUUAUCAGCAACUCAACUCAUCGUCUGCAGUACAGAAUGCCUCUAAUUGAUUAUGACCACUCCACAGUAAACUAAAACUACUAUUUAUAAAAAUGCAUUCAAUCAUAGAUAAGAUAUUCACAAAAUUCUGUUAUCAAAUGAAUAUGGUCAGUACAAUUCAGAACACUCUUGGAAAUAUAUCUACUGAUAACCAACUGAUCCAAAUAAGAACAGUAGGGAGAUUUCGAUGCUAACUGCUAACGAGUAAGGCAUGUACAGAUUAAUUUCAGUCAACAUUCCACUCGCAUACAAAUUGUUUUUCUGUAGUAAAGUUUCUAUUUAUACUCACAAUUCUAUUCAAUACGAGUACACAUUGACCUUAAAACAAUACUGUUUCCAAGGUCAAAAUGAAGUUGAUCCACUCCUUAGUUUAAUAAGUCCAUGUGUGCUCGUACUGAGUGGAAUUUUGAGUGUAUUUCCUUUAAGGAUGAGUACUCUCUCGGUUUGCUGGUGAAAAUCACCUGGAAUAUAGUUAAUUGGUAAUAUCCAACUAGUGGUCUAUUAUCAAUGUCACAUUCUGAUUGGCUGAGCUACUACUAGGUUAUAUGUUAUAGCCCACUAGUAGCGAAAAGCGCCGGCUUUGAAACCAAAACAAUGGCGGCUGGACAAUGUUUUUUGCUAGCUAAACUUGCUUUGUCUCGAUAUUUUGGACCAACUAGCUGGAUAUUACUAAAACAAUAAAUUCUUCCUCUCGCCCUCAUGGCCUCUGAGUCAAUAGCUCAUUUGGGCUUGAGGAAUAAUUGUUAAAUAUAUGUCGACCAGUGGAACCCCAAAUGGCAAUAGCACACUGUUAAAGAAAUUUCAAGUGCCAUAUUUGUUUUGAAAUAAGUCUUGAAACAAGGUUUUCCCUGAUUUACUUUUAAAAAUGUAUUGAAGCUCCACUGUUAUCAAGCAUUAAAAAAUGAAAAGAACUACAAUUUAAUGGCCCAGAGCAAUGACUCAGGAACUUCAUUACGGCCUCUUGUUCUUGGAGGACCAACCCUUCUGUUAACAGACUGCCUUUUUUGCUGGUUGGACAUACUUCUUCUAUAGUGAGAGUCUAAAUUGUGAAAAAAACAUGGAAACCUCCUCUGAUCUCCACUCUAGGGGCCUUGUUCUGAGAACAUCACCCUCCUCAUCUGACUCAUCAGACGGAAUCAAGGCUGAAUGUAGGGCUUCUAAGACUGGCAUCUUCUUCUCAUCUUCUGUAACUACUUUUCGUCUUUUCUCAAGUUUCUGGGUGAAAUAAUAUAGAAAUCAAUUAAUUUUGAUAGAUUUGUUUUUAACUUUCAGAGCAUCUGUAGUCAAGAGAAAUAUUCUCAUUGAAAAACCAGUAGUGGUCACUGAUCUGUAGCUGUCACAUUUAGUGAGGCUUAAUCCUUUUCCCUUUAAUUAAAUUAUUCACAAAUGCUACCAACUGAGUAAUGCCACUGGAUUGUGUUCUAUCCGUGGAAUCCCUUCUUUAAAACAACAUGUAAUACUGUUUGAAUAUACAUGAUGUGAUGUACAGCUAGCUUUAAACUUGUGGAGUCAGAUGGCUUGUGAUUAAUUGAUCACAAAAGUGUCGUUAGGUGAUAAUGAAGGCUGAUAAUUUACAUAAUCCAUGUUCAAGAGUUCUGUAAGAAGGUUGAACUGCUUUUUUAUAUCACUCUGUAAUCAUUGUUGUGCUGGCCCCAUGAAUAAAUUUUUGACAAGCUUGCAAGCGCUGACUUAAUAAGUCGCCAUUAUUGCACGACUGUUUCAUGGUUGCAUUAGGUAAGUCCAAUUUUGGUCAAUUGCCACCAAGGAGAUACUUUAAGAUAAGAUAAAGGAUGGUAAAUUUUCACUCAAACAGUUCGGUGUGGAUUUGGGGUUAGUUUAACGGUGCUGUCAUGUUUUUUUUUUUGGGCAGCAACUCACGAGGAAACAAGCAAAUGCUUGUAGCCUAGUAGUCGCUAUUUUGUGAUGAAUAUAUUAAUUUUGUUGUUAUCCCUCGUUGGGCUUCCUUCUCGUUUGACCUCAACUGCAGAAGGGGCUCAAGAAAUGCAAAAAAAUAUAUGAAAAUUAUUUGAGUAGUAAGAAAAAUUGUUCCAUUCUGAUCAGUUUUUGUAAUUCUUACCUACAUUUUUCAACAUCAACAAACAUUUUGUUAUUCAUCACAAAAUAUCGUGGCUAGUACAGGCAUUUGCUUGUGAGUUAAUUUGUUUUUCCAUUUUCCCUUAUGUGCUUUGCAAUGCUACUUGACCUUACAGUUGAAAUUAUUUAUAACUUAACGAUAAAAGAAGAGCUUAGUGGCAAAUACUUAUACAUAUCAAGUGAGUCAUAACUUUGUUGAAAAAUGAUAAGCGUGAAAAAUGUUGGAAACAAUUUACAAUACUGAGCAGAAAGGAACAAUAAUAAUAAUUAUACUACUUAUAUAAUUAUGUAAAAUAAUUUUUGGCAUUUCUCAAAAUCCUUAUGCAGCCAAGAUCACAAGAGAAUGAAGCCCACAGGAGGGAUCGACAACAAAAAAGAAACACUGGUACAUCACAAAAUAACGUAGGCUGCUUGAAAUUUUUGCUUCUUUCCUUGUGAUUGGCCACCAGAAAAUAGGUGACAAUGCAGUCCAGAAAACUAAUUUCACCCCAGAACUACAAUGAACCUUUGGAGUGAAAAUUUCUUAUCUAUUAUCUUCUCUUAAAUUAUCUUUUUUAGACAGGUACUCAAGCAAAAUUUGGACUUACCUAACCAAGAAACAACAGCACAAUAAUGGCAACUUAAGUCGGCACACUUCCAAACUCGUCACAAAUUUUUUUGCAUAGCACCCCACAAUGAUAAGUUCAGAUAAAAAAAGGUUCAACCUUCUUACUGAACUCUUGAACUUGGAUUCUGUAUAUUAUAUUAUCUGCCUUCGCACCCACCUAACAAAGCAUUUGUGAUCAGUUAAUCACAAGCUAUACAACUCCACAAGUGAUCUUCCAUACAUUGUGUUGCACACAUGUAGCACCUGGGUUUGCUUUCCCCCCAACCCCCCUCCCCCGGGGUGAUUCUCAAUUUCCUUUGUCUCUUGGGGCUAGGAGACAAAGGAAAUUGAGAAUCAACCAGAGUUAAAUCAAGAUUAAUCUGAAAACAAAUUUGACCCAUAACAAUAUGCUCUGCAUGAAUUCUCCAUCAAUGUAAAAGGCCACUUAAAGGGGCACAGUCAGCUGAUGCACAUGCACAUUACAUACCAAUUCUUCGCUGCUUUGCACAUCACAAGAUGCGCGUGAAACAGAAAGUGAGAAGCGCAUCCGGAAUAUCUAAACAAACCUUGUGGAGUUUAACUAAUAUUGUAAGUCAAAAUCUUAGUUAUAGACUCUAAGUCAUAUCAGAGCACUCAUUUUUUUAUAUGCCAUCAAAAAUUCACCAAUGCACUUGUCCAGGGAAAGCUAAACAUUGAUGAAUACUUCUGAAUUUGAUGAAUCAGUACGUUGAGACAGCUUGAUUGUACCUUUCUCCAUCAAUUUUCCAAAUAUUUGUAAUGAUGAUUUGCUCUGCAGUGUUAUUGAUUCAUUUCUCUUGUCAUUUUGGUACACAAAGGGGAUUUCUUCCGUCCAGCACCUACACGUUUUCCACCUCUUCUUUUUACGUUCCUUUGGAUACUGUGUUUAACCAAAUAAUUAUGAUAAAAAUUAAUAAUGUUUUAGGAUGCAUAAAAGUUUGCUGAGUCAGAAAGAGGUUUUCAGAAAAAAGAUAGAGGAUCGAAUGAAAAACUACGCCAGAUUAAAGUGGAUUUCUAGAUGUAUCUGAUGUGUACAUUUGAUUUUGAGUUGAGGUAAAUCUUUUUCAAACUGGGAAAAGUAGUGUCCAGGUCAGUGUGGGCCAAUAGGCGACUGUGUCCCUUUAACUGAUCUUUUUACCAGCAGCAUUGGGUUAUCUGUAAUAUUUAGAACUUGUGAGACUGAUCUGCCUUGGUUAGUUUAGCUAGCUGCAGGUCAGCCAGGAUUGAUUGUAAAAAUGAAUACUUUGUCAUAUAACAAAUAAAUGAUCAUGUCCAAACUUGUUGCCUCACAUACAUGUUACAUCUGCAAAAACAAACUCCCACAAAAAAUUUGUGCCACAAGGUACGGUAAGUUCUAUCUUCCAGAGCCGGUCAUGUUGAAACGCAGACCAUGCAAACUGCAGACUGCAGACUGUGCAGACUGGAUGUUAUUUUUUUUACUUGUACCUUAAUUUUCUAGUAAAAUGUUUACUAUAGUUCCUGCAGGAGCGAGCACGAUGGAGGAAGGUAAGCUGUUUCUUUCUGUAACUGUAUUAUAUUGCCACGAUUAUUUAAUUUUUUUAAGUAGAAGAAGCUUUUCAGUUCAAGUUAAGUGACUUAAAAUAAAACCCUUUUCGGCUUCCUACAAGGGCUACGAGAGACAUUUCCUCAAUUUCCUUGAUUGUUGAUGAUUGUCUUUAGUUUCACUCUGUAAUUCAAACCAGUGAUUUGCCACCAUUUCUUCAAAUCCAGUACAGAUACCGAUGUUAUCGUUGUUAGCUCAGAAGAUUCGGCUAAGACUUUGGUUUAUGUAUUUUUUUUAUUCGAUUCCCAAGAGUGUCCUUCUUGGCUGGUUUUCACUCGGGGAUCAACAUUAUUGUAUUUGCUCCAUGCAUUCACGCCAAUAAGUGGUAGUGGUUUAAAACCGACAAUCUUGUCCGAGUAUCAUGGUUCUUGUUUAUGCAGUUCCAAAACUAAAUAGUUCAUUAGUAACAAAUGUAUUAUUUGUACGACUCGAAGAUGUGGAGGGGGCUUGAAUGCACCGUGUAUUUUAGGCAUAUUUUGUCUUAAUUUUCAUUGAAUAUUAUCUGUGAGAAGUUAAAGUCGCUGCCCUUCUCCUCUUAAUUCUGACCCUUACGGAACCGCCAAAUACGAGGAAAUCAGAAUAUUUCUAAGGUAGAUAUACCGUUGAUUUUAUUUACACAUUUUAAAGGAAGGCCCAUCUCUCAAACGUCUCGGUUUGAUAUUCCGAGCUACCAACAACGACAUCGGUAUCUGUAAGAUUUGAAGAAAUGGUGGCAAGUCACUGGUUUGAAUUACAGAGUGAAACCAAACAAGACGAUCAUCAACAAUCAACGAAAUUGAGGAAAUGUCUCUCUCGUAGCCGUUGUAGGAAGGGUUUUAUUUUAAGUCACUUAACCUGAAAGAGCUUCUUCUACUAAAAAAGAUUUAAAUAAUCGUGGCAAUAUAAUACAAUUACAGAAAGAAUCAGCUUACCUUCCUCCAUCAUGCUUGCUCCUGCAUGAAGGCGGCGCAGCUAAAAGUGUGCGAAACUGCCUUUACAUCUUCCGGUAAACAUGAGCCCACGAUUUUCUCAUUUCUUAGCCAUGACCCUUGCAGGUACACAUCGGUGCACAUAUGAUAGUGAUGCACAGUACAGAUAAUGAGAGGAAGCGGGAAACUAUGGUAAAAAUUUUACUAGAAAAUUAAGGUACAAGUAAAAAAAAAUAACACUAAGUCUGCACAGUCUGCACGGUCUGCAGUUUGCAUGGUCUGCAUUUCAACAUGACCGUCCAGAGCUAUUCUCUUGUCCCUUCCAUGAAAGUCUCCUUAGGUACAGUUGUAUUCCGGAUUCCGAAUUUCACUAUUCCACAUUCCCCACUGUAUACGUAGCUUUCUGACAAAUCCUCGACUUGCAUUCAAUUUCGAGAUCAAUUCCUUACAACAUAUGCUAAAAGAAGUUAAAGAUCUUACCCUAAUUGUCUUGAAACCUUCAGUUAAGAACUGGCGCUCCUUUUCCUCUUUCUAGACGCUUCUUCGGUCGAAAACUUUUCACACAGCUCGUGUACAGCUUGACGGUAAGUCUGUUGACGUCCUCUUCUUUCUCCGUUCUCUCGGCCACUUGCGUUCUCAAAACCUUGCUUCCUUUAAUCGUGGCUUGUAAUAACAAGACGUAACGGUCCGAAAGAGAGAUUUCUUGGCCAAGAUCGACCGCGGACAUGGCAGCGAAACAACAAAAACUCGAAAUUCCCGCCGCCUUCUUCGAAAAACGCGGACUUUGAGGUCAUGUGAUCUUGUUCUUUUGUGUCACUCAUGAUGUCGAGGCUACGAGCCCGGUUACUAGGGAAACAGAAAUGGUCUGUUCCAUUGCGUUCCUCGCGGCAGAAAUAAGAGAAGCCUCUGAAUGAUUUUACAUGCCUUGAGUUUGUUUCAAAAACAACGACGAUUACGACAGACCUCUAAUAAGUCUUAUUAAGUCAAUUUCCGUUGUAAUAUUCACAGACACCGGUUUCUUGCCAAAGUUGUUGCUGGUAAGAUAAUCAAAAUAAAGCUGAGGGAAUUCUUGGCAGGAAAUGUACCCAAAUAAAACACGGCGGUCAACGGCCUGUUUACAGGUUGCUGAUAACGAUGGUAAAAUGAGUUGCAAAACACACUAUUGAAUCGCGUUUGCCAGCUGUGCUAGAAAACGUGAAAUGAAUGGCAUGUUUUCCUGGUGUUACCGCCGGUGAAUGUUGAGUUUUUCCGGGAGUUUUCCUUGUGUUACCCGAAGUCGGAAAAGGAUUUAGGAACGUGAUAUUUUCACGGCAUUAACCGUUUGGUUAAAUUUCCGGUUAACGAGAGAAAACGAGCUGUUCAACCCCGUUUUCCAUGUGCUGGAUAAUGUGACAUGAACAGCAUAUUUUCCCUCUGAUAAGUGAUGGCAAGAGACUAUAAAGGGGACAGAGAGGGCAUCCCCCAUAUACACCCUCUUCCACAGGUAAUUCGUCUCGAGUUAUUUUUAACACCACAGAUCUCAAAGGGGAUUAGACAACAGCCAAUCACAUAGCGCGAAUGUGUUCCGCGUGGAUGACCCACGCUGAGAGCCACGCGUCCUUCACGAAAUGACGCAGAACAAAAUGGGGGAAGACGCGGAGAGCGAUUUUGCUAUUCCUUUUGUCGACGAAAACGACUACAGCGAGAUUUCUGCAAAAGCUGUGUCAGCGAAACCGAAAUUAAAAAAGAAUCGCCCUUCCUCUCUUGUGUAGAGCUAACAGUAGAGCAGGGAAAUCCUCAACACACUGAAUAUUCUCUCAGGAUCAUUUAUAAUUUACAGUUUGAAGAGAGCAAUUUCUGGUUUGAUGUUUAUUUUUUUCAGUCUUUAUAGCGAUUAUUCCUACCCACUUACUUUGUCAAUUGUAGGCGAACCCUCCUAAAGCUGAAUUUCAAGGGACCAUAUUCAAGCUCAGAAAGAGAAAUAAAAUUUCGUCGUUGCUUAUUUACGUCCUCCAUAAAACGCGAAAUUAGGCAUUUUCACGUCGUAGUCGUGCAAAAACGGGAAAGAAAUGAACAAAAAAGUGUGUUGCACGUGCGAAGUUGUUGUUUUGCUAAUUAAACCUAUUGUUUUUUUGAAGUUCUAGUUGUCGUCCGCGUCGUUGGAUCUUAAACUCCCUGAAUUGUACAAACGACCGGUUUCAACAGACCGGCGAAAUUUCUCAUUUUAUUAAAGCACUGAGGUUACGACAACUUCGAGUUAAACUGAUUUUACGGGUUGUCAAAGAGUCCAGCGAUUCCUUUUUCCCAGGUGAGCACCGACUCAUUUCGCUUCAAUAUUCAGGAAUGCUCUUGAUCUUUUUACGCUUUCAUUGCCUCUCGCCCGACAUGUUUUGCACGGCGUUUGGUCAUGCGAAACCUCCACGGAACAUCCACGCCUCGCGCGAGGUAGCUUUAUCCCGAUUCUAAAAAUAACUCGAGACGAAUUACCUAUGGAAUAGGGUGUAUAUGCGGGAUGCCCUCUCUGCCCCCUUUAUAGUCUCUUGGUGAUGGUGAAUGGCAAGUUGUCCUUGUCUUUUCCGAAGUUGGAAAACGAGUCACGAACGCGAUAUUUUCCUUACAUUAACCGUUUGGUAAAAUGUCCGGUUAACGAGAGAGUCGAGAGAAAGCGCACUGUUCAACCACGUUUUCCGUGUGCUGGAAAACGUGAAGUAAACAGCAUAUUUUCCUGGUGUUAACGGAUUGUGAACGCCGAGUUUUUCUUGCGAAUUCCGAAAUGAGAAAACGGAUCGUGAACGUGGCAUUUUCAACACAUUAACCGUUUGGUAAAAUCACCAGAAAAGACGAGAUUUUGUGCCGUGGGUUAAUUUCAUCAAAACUUCAAUUCUUCAAUUCUCACAGUCGUAUGUACUGUUAAUACAGUCGAUAGCUGUCAGAGAAUCUCUGCAGAAAAGAAGAAUUAAAUGCGCAAAUUUUGAACAGGAGAUUGCUUCAAGCGCUAUGUCAUUUCGGUGUGUUACUCAAAAGCUCAACAACCAAACACUCUUACGCUGGGACCACUUAACCGUCGUCUAGCUCUCGAGAAGCUGGGUAAAACUGCGUUGUUCAGGCCAAUUAACGAUUCAAUACAAGGGCACUUCAAGCGUGAGGGUACCGUCUGAUGUUACGUAACAUGACGGCACGCGUAACAAGGUUUGGUAUCGUAUUACAUAAUAUCAUCAUGAUUGCUAAUGUAAGGACAUGCACCAGAAUCCGAGUAAAACUGAGAUUCAAGAAGAUAAUUACUGGAGAGUAUUGGACUUUACUGAUCACCCUGGGUUUAGGUCCAGACACUGGUAGGGAAGGCAGGCGCUAAGUCUGUAAGCAAAUUUAAGAAUUGUAGUACUGAAAACUAUAUGUAUACUAAUUUCACAUGCAUACUGUGUAAAAUAGAUUUUUCGUAAAUCAAAAUUGAGAACCAUUUAAACAUGCCAAACAGCAACGAUUAAUGUCAUCAUAACUUCAGUUCUUCAAUUCUCACAGUCGUAUGUACUGUCAUUACAGUCAAUAGCUGUCAGAGAAUCUCUGCAGAAUGAGAAGAAUUAAAUGCGCGCAUUAAAGUUUGAGUGGUUACGAACUUGAACAGGAGAUUUCUUCAAGCGCUAUGUCAUUUAGGUGUGUUACUCAAAAGCUCAACAACCAAGAACUCUUACGCUGGAACCACUUAACCGUCGUCUAGCUCUCGAGAAGCUGGGUAAAACUGCGUUCUUCAGGCCAAUUAACGAUUCAAUACACGGGCACUUCAAGCGUGAGGGUACCGUCUGAUGUUACGUAACAUGACGGCACGCGUAACAAGGUUUGGUAUCGUAUUACAUAAUAUCAUCAUGAUUGCUAAUGUAAGGACAUGCACCAGAAUCCGAGUAAAACUGAGAUUCAAGAAGAUAAUUAUACGCAAACCCCCCUUCAGUUUUCAAUACACGAGGGAGCCCUAUCUCAUUUUAAUGAUGUCCAUUGCUUACCGCUUCCUGUGACGACAGACAUUUCCUGACCAGUUUGUUUCCCAUGCAGUAGUCACUCAUAAAGAAUGCCGAGAGAUGGAGGGAGCAAGAAGUCACUUAUUAAUAAAUGCUCCUGACUAAAAAAGGCGAGAAGCUGUUGGAUUGAAAUGUGUCAGUUAGUUAUGUAGUUAUUGCUUCCAUUCCCAAUCAAACUAGCUUAGCUGGAAAAAUAUUAAUUCUAAACUGAUACCACAGUCUGCGUUUUAGCAAACACUGACGAAUAGAAAUCUACCGGCCUCAAUUGGCUGGGGAAAUAAAAUUUUAAGUUAUGUUUUUGGAGUGUUGCUGUUCGAUUUGAUUUGUAAUCCAUUUUAACUACGCUUUCAUGCUUCCGCUCCGCCGAGUGCUCCAUUGUAUCAACACUUAUUUUAAAGUGUCUUUAGUGCACGCUGUUAUUCCCGUCUAUUAAGACGUCGGUUCACUUAUUUCAUUUCGAUCAUUUUCGCUGCUGGUGGAUAUGAGUAAAUUAUGUUAUUUCUGAACUAUAACCAGUACAAAAAACUGUAUGUUCUAUAACAAACUACAGCUACAGUUAGUAUGAAUAAUACUGAAUAAUAUUAAUAAUAAUAAUAAUAAUAAUAAUAAUAAUAAUAAUAAUAACAAUUAUAAUAAUAAUAAUAAUAACUAAUAAGCGAAUGCGAAUAGUUACUAUCAUUGCACUGCGGGUUUCUCACAAUUUUAAUUAGAUACAACUUGACCUGAUUUCCGUACAAAACUUCCAUCCUCCAUUCAUAUAUCCCCAGAAAGUUCUUCUUGCUGUGAAAAUUGUAAGCUUAAGCCCUUUUAAAAUUUCCUUUAAUUUCAGGGCACGGUUUAUGACUUACUCAAGCAAAAGGGUGGUUAUUCAAAGAGGACUGCAAAAUCUCUUGUCAAAAGCUUACCAGGUAUUCUUCGCGUGGUAUUGGUAUGCUUAUUAAUCAUUGCCGCUCGAUUGACUGUAGAUUUAAAAUCUUGCAUCCAAAUACUCUGAAGGUAUCAAAAGAUUGUUUAAGCAUCAUGAAAUAGUUAUUUUAGAUGAAAUUGAAGACUUUUUUCGAAUACAGGGUUCAUGACCUAAGUUUUAUCACUAUUUUCCCUUCGUUUUAUCAACCACAGACGUUCAAUGCCGAGGCGAAAUCCAGCGCAGUAGUUUGUUCAAUUUUGUAAAACCCAUUUUUCUUCAAAAGUCUAUUCAAAUUGUUUAUAACAAAGCAGUCCUAAGUUUUUGAAGAGCUCAAGCAUCACCUAAAGUAAAUGCAGAUUCAACCAUUUUCAAAUAUUUUUUACACAGUUUAAACGUCUUAACUGCAACUUUCGUUUCUCUUUCAUUUUAUUUUUUUCCAAUUUAUAAAAACGAACAUCAUAUUGUAUUAAAUGAGACACAAAUCUUUCUCUUCAACUUAUCGAACAUUGAACAUGUUACAACUCGUAAAUUGCUGUUACUGUACCUUAUAGUGUCUUUGUUGUUUUUUUUAAUUUCUUUUUUUCCUAUGUAUUUUUGUCACCAUUGUUAUUGUCAAUAAAGUGCUAAAGAAAUUAAUUAAAAACUAUUUUUGUUAAAAAGUUAGGAGUAUAGUUUAGUAAAUAAAAUGCACGUUAGGUGAGGCCCUGUGUUCACAUCGUUUUUACAUCAUUUAGUUGAUAAGACUUUCCUUUUCUUGGCAGAGUUGAAAAAUUCCUUCUCCCAAAGUCUUUUCAAAGAGGACGAUUUGAAAAAGAUUCAGAGGCUGGAAAAGUUUAUAAAGGUAAAAACAUAGGUUGGUUAGGAUCAAAGGAAAAUUUUUUUCUGUGGGGUGUGGAACAAAGAACAUCGGCACCAUACAGAAGUCAUAUCGACAAGCGACUCAAAAGCUAAAACAGAAUGCGACGUGCAGGCCAGGGUUCCAUUUUCUGUACUCUCUAUGAAACGGAUAUCUUUCAAACGUCGGAAGCUCAGCUAACUGCCGGCUCCAGCUAAUGAGCUGAGCUUCCCGUAACCUACAUCGAUCCUAGAUUACCACUAAACCGGUAUUGCUAAUUUCAGAAAACAAUAAACAUGAAAUGUGAUUUGGCAGUAUCCUUUAUGCGUAUAACACGCCUGGAAAACUGUUUCAGUUAUUUUUGCUCAUUUUACCAGGAGAGUCAGGACUACUCCCAUGCAGUUUCUGUUGUUAAAGUUUUCAAUAGUGGGAUUAUCACCCAGUUAGAUAUAUAAACUGGAAAUUUAACUUAGUUAUGUGAGGUUUAUAAAGGUGGACAGAAACCGGGCCGAAUCGGAUUAUUAUAGACCGUCCUACCUUAGUGUUUCAGACAAAACCUUUCCUACAUCAUGACUCUAACAACAACUCUUUUUGUAUUCGUAGGAUUUGCUCAUCCUUCCAGCUGUGGUCCGAAAUUCAGAAAGCGUCAACAAAUUUUUUGGUGUCUUUUUGGAAACAACAGCCACAUGUGAAAGGUUUGGCCGAAGAAAGUUACCUUUUUAACUAAAGAGUGACUGGAACAUUAAAAUCUAAUGAUACAUUUUGUUUUUAGGUCAAAAAACGAGGAAGAGUUAAAAAAAGUCAUUAAAGUGGUCGAAGUUUUAAGUGGUACGUAAAUUUUAUGAUUAAUAUCCAAUUUCCACCUUCUAUCCAUCCAUCCAUCCAUCCAUCCAUCCAUCCAUCCAUCCAUCUGUCAGUCUGUCGGUCCGUCCGUUCAUUCAUUAUUCAUUCAAUCCGCAUCCAAUUCUUAGAUAUUGAAUUGAAUUGUCGUUUAUGACCGUUUAUGGUAUUUCCUCUUUCAAUAAAAAGCCAUUGUCCUCUAAACUAUUCUUAAACCUUCCAUUUUUAGGACGAGAUCCUCUCCGAACCUUACCAAGGAGUCUAAUAUUUUCACACGACCUUAAGUCCAAAAGCAAGAGUCCUCCACGACCCGGUCUGUUUGGGAGAACAAUUUCUGAGCCAGGUAUCAGGGCAAACACUACUCGUGCACCAGUCUUGACAAAGAGAAAGUUUAGCGUUGGUGUUGCCAUUACCGAGAUGUAUAAGGAGAACUUAAACUUUAUUUUAAACAUGACCCAAGCGGAACAUUCGCAAAGUGCUGAUGCGCCGCGCAUUCAGCCGCCUAGCGAGACGAAGGAGAAUCACUCCAGAGGUGAAGAUACCAGUGGAGAUACAGAAGAAACCAUAUCUGGAAUAGAGGAGCAUUGUAUCCACAUGAAAUCAGCUCAAAGUGAAAAUAGCCCCAGAGGAACAAAGUAUUUGGCUAUCUCGUCAUAUGUUGCGGAGGAAAGCGGAGAGGUAUCUCUUCAACCCGGAGAAGAAGUCGUAGUCUUCGAGAAACUUUCCAGUGGGUGGUGGUAUGUGAAAAAGGAAAUGGAAGAGGGAUGGGCACCAAGAACAUUUCUUGAACCAGUUCAGGUACUCGGGUCAAAAUCUCCCGAAACACUGGAUCUGUCUCAAUGCAAAGAAAUAUUGGAUGGUAUUUGGGAAGGAACAAUCGUGAGAGAGAGUGAGAUGGGAUUCCAAGUGCAAGAAAAACAGAAGGUACUUCAUCUCAUCAUUGGUCAAUUAUGUUGUCCUUCUCAUAAAAUGCCAUAAGAGUUUAUUCUCUUCUUGGAAAGUUCUAAAACGGUUUCAGUUUUUUGAGUGAUUUGUAGUGAAUAAUCUCCUUAUCAUUUACCAUUUUUAAUCGGCUGAGUUCAGUUUUUCUGUCAAUCCCUGUAGCAAUUGAGUGUAGGGCAGUAUCGAGAGCAAGGGCAAACGUGAAAGACAACGAGUGUAGAACUUAACAGAAGUGGGAGCAUAAGGCAAAACAGAGAAAUUAAAAACCAACCCACCAGUUCCAAUGCCAGCUUCCAAUGUCUACAGUAUUCUGGAAAGCUUAUCAAGUCACACACGAAAAAUUCUCCAGGCUGGUAUGAGCACCUGUUCGUACUGCUACUGGUAGAGAUAGCUAUCCAACAGGAGCCAUCGACUUUCAAGAUUUGCGUGGCAUAGAUUCGCUUCAAAAUCGUCUUUUUUCUGUGUGAGCAAAAGCCCAAUUUGAUAUGGUUUUCGGAAGCAGGGUAUAGAUAGGCUUAGUAGAGGGUCUGAAUGGUGGGGUCCACUUAUCGCUUGUCGGUUAAAAUUUAGUUACUUUGUCGGUAGUCAAAUUUUUCUUUCAAAUUGUGUCGGUAGCCUCUGUCCAUCGAGCGUUCUAUCGAAAUUUGAAACACUUUCCUCAAACUCCUUUGACAAAUCAGUGGGCGACAAGGGGCGAAAUGUGUGCUGGAAGGUUUCCGUAGUCUUUACAUUAAGGAUAACUUUUUCGUUGAAUCUUGUGCCUUAUUAUACAACUGUGUCUAAGAACAUCGUCUCAGUGAAUUUCGGUGGUGAAUUUAAUAGUAGGACCAUCAUGUAAGUUUGCUUCUUCGAAGAAAGUUACGAUGUCUGGUUUAAAGACGGUUUUGCUUCUAGACUUUGUUUUUCAAUAUAUGGCAUGAAAAUGUUGACAUAGGAAACUGCUGUGCUUGUGCCCAUCGCGAGGACCAUCGGGGUACAGUGGGUUUGUAAGUAGAGCUUUCCAUUGAACUAAAAAAAAAUUCCUUUCAGUAUUAAUCUAAGCACUUCAGUCGCAGGUAAUGUGUAGGAAUAGGCGGGUUGCUUUGUAGAAAUUUUCAUACGCUCUGCAAACCGAUUUCAAUACCCUCGUUUUGUGGUAUAUUUGUAAAAAGACUUGUGACGUGGUAUCUUUGGUUACUUCAUAGAAAGGUAGAAAAAAUACAAUAUACUCUUCUCUCUGAAAGAAAAUAUAGAUAAUGUCAGUCCAUGUUAGUAGUCGGUUAAUAUUUUUCCUGUCGGUGGUCGGUGAUAUUUUGUGCCCUUGGUCGCUAGUCGGUUAACCCCCUUCACACCCUCUUAGUAAAUAUCACAAACGUAAUCGAUCAAAAUAUAAUGACGUAAUAGGGAAAAGUAUAUUUGCAUUUUGGUGGUAAUAGUAACAAUAAAGGAAAUAAACUGCAUUUCUUUUUUCUAAAAAAGAUCUCCAUACUUUAGAAUUUGCAAUAGUGUUCCUAUGGGUCCGGAAAAUUCGUGUAAAGACUAUUAAAUUUCGAAUUUUUAACAACCUAGAGAAGCAUGCAUUAACUAUGAUGAAAUACAAAACUUAAUAACAAAGAAAAGAACGCAGACAAAACCUGAAGUGUCCCUGUUGACAUGUUUAACUUGAUGAUUGAUCAUGCAGGCUCUUCCCGGUUGAUGUGCAUAGCUAAAACUGAGAUUUCAUAGAGGCAUAAUCUACAGUUUAAGAAGCAAUCCCCUAGUUUCGGAUCUCAUUAAAUGUUUGUAUGAAAAUGUUAGAGGACCUAUCAGAAGGCGUGUAGAAAAGCACGAACAUAAUAUCAUAUCUAUAGAGAAUAUAUAUAUAGAAUUUCUAUAUAUAAAUAGAUAGAAGUGCGGAAGUACAUGAACGUGACCAGUAACAAUUAAGUAACGUCAUAGCCUUAAACUCAUUGUUUUUCAAGCUUCCUCAAGAGAAGGCAAAAAGAGGUUAUAAAAGCAGCUGAGCGUUUUUUUUUUUGUUACUUAGUCGCUGAGUCAAACUAGUGAAAACGAGUCACAAGAAACGGAAUCAACUGAGAUGGACCGACGGGUAAAGCUUGUUUCAGUGGAAGGAAUUCAGAAACGCAAGACCCCAGAUAAAAAAUAUGUAAGUACUGCAAACCGGUUGGUUAGUAAAUCACCUAGUGAAUGGCGAAUUCCAGAAUGCCUUAAUCUUGUUUUCAAUAAAAACGGAAUUCAGCAUUAGAAAACCUUAGAAAAUGUCAUUAAUUUUCGUCACACUUUCUGCAAAUAUUUUCCAAUUACCGUCAGAUUGAAAAGGGAGAGUCGGAUCGUUGUUAAUUGGUCCCGCAAUCAGUAGGAUUACCACUAACGAACCGAUAGACCUAAAUCAGUUCAAUUUAUUGUCUUUGAGCUACUUAUCGUCUACCUGUUGUUCGCCUAAGUGAAGUUAACGGCUCGUCAGUAUACACAUACAUUAUUAAGGUCAAGCCAACAAAAAGCGUACACUAAUUAAUUAACUGUAUGCAAUAGCUGCCUUAUUUUUUUUAUUAGAUGUUACUUCUCCUUAUUCAGCAGAUAGUGCUGGAGAACGCCUCAGUGUUUUGUAAAAGGGUUUAAGAAAUAUCCUAAGUGCAAAAUUUUGCUAAUUUGCUCCCGUCUAGGUUUACAUUCUCAAAGUGCUGUGGUCGGACGGAAAUAUUAACAUCAUCUACAGACAGUGCAGUGAUUUCUACUUUCUACAGGUUUGAAACAUAAUAACUGCGUUAGGCGAAGGCGUGGAACGUUUCAUGAAGCUUAUCAAAUUAUAAUUUGGGUCUGAAAGUUGAUCCAAACUCCUUGCAGGGGAAAACUUAACUCAAGACAGACGUCAAACUUUUCAUGAACUUUAGAUCGGCUCAAUUUGGUUCGUCUUAUCAAUGAAAAGUUCGAUGUUAAUGGCCUUAGUUAGUCUUAAAUAAAUUUCUUGUUCUCACUUAGACCAACUUUAGAAGUCGAACUUUUCACGGACCAAUAAAUAAAUGCCACUGAGGCAGAACAAUAGACUUUGCCAUAAGCAUUAUAUUUGGCAGAGUGAACGAGUUUGACUCUUAAACAAGGGCUUGAAACAGACCUUAGAAGGAGCAGUUUCCACUUCAGUACAGACUUUAGAAGGAGCAGUUUCCACUUCAGUACUGGCCAAGUAUCAAACUUCCUGGUUGACGAUUCCAUUGUUGACUUGACUAUUCAUAAUUUAUAGAACAUCCGGUAACAAAGGGCUGAUACUGUCGCCGCCAUUUCUUUUUCAUUGGGAGCUAGUGCCCAGCAAUCAUUUUCACUCCGUUGACAGUUUUUCGAGCGAUAUCACUCAGUUUUCCUUUUCAGACGUUUGAUUAAUUAAAAAAAACUAUCAUAUAUGAACUAUGGAUGCAAAUUUGAAUAAAGAAAUAUUCAUUGCAGCUAAUAAGUAGAUAGUUCAAAUCCAAUGAUCUUCGCUUAACCCGCCAGUUUGAUGAAGUCCGGUCAGCUGUGUUAUUAAGUAGCAUUGACGUCAGAACCUGGUUAUUAUAAGUCUUUAUUUCAUUUGAUUUGUUCCUUAUUGUUGGGAAAUUGAUUGCUUUUAUUAGGAUUUGGGUUUGAAAAAAAUUUUCAACUGCAUUUAAAUCCGUUUCCAAUGCGACACCCAAACUGGGAGCCAAUUUGAAGUUGUUUUUACUAAUUGAUAUAAAGACAUACAUGUACUGAAAAUUCCUCUCAAACCCACUAUAGUUUAUUUCGAGAAAGGCCGUGUCGGGUAAAGUGCACGCGACAACCCCGAAAGGUAUUAUGGGUGGUUUUGAGUCCACUGUAUUGAGAGGUCAUGGAAAUAUGUUUGCGAGUGCUAGAGGAAAGCAACAAAAGUAGAUUCGACAGCUAGAGUGUCAGGGACAGUGUAUUGAGCAUAUUCCAUAUUACCUACCGGGAUUGUCGAUUUCUUUCUUUCUCUAAAUAGCUUCAAACAGAAAUGCGGGCAAUUAAGCUAUCCUUAUACCAGCCGAAAAAGGGAAUAGUAAUAAAUAAUAUCCAAAUGUGUUAGUUGUGAGAAAAUUGAUUAUUUUUCCUAUAGGAAAACCUCAAAAAAGAAUUUCCGAAGGGCACUGGCAAAGAAAUUCCCGUGUUAAAAGGUGAGAAAAUAAAAUGACCUAAAUGCUCCCCAAAUUAAUUCUGUGGUCAUAAUGAAGGGUUUAGUUGCUAAAGAAACUAUGAUACUGCGUUGUUGGGAGAGGAAAUUCGACAAAGGAACUUCAGCUUGUCAAUCUUUUUAAGUUGGCUUUAAAAGUUUUUGACUUUAUUGUCUCAUUUGAUCGACCUAAAAUUUUUGUUUUGGUCAUAACUAGUUAGGUUGGCCAUCAUUAUCAAGUUACAAAACUGAUUCAUCUCAAUACAAUUCUGGUUUGACGUUGAUCUUUUUCAGGAAGAAAAUUUUCUGAAAACUGCGAGUUUUGCUUCAAGGAUGGAACAUGCAAACGAAGACAGUCUUUGAACAAGUUUUUUCACGUGAGUAUAGAAACAAGAUGAAGGAAAAUUGGCCAGUAAAAUUGUGGAAAUCUACUAUUAUAUCUUCGCUAUAAACGCGACUUCCUCACAUCUAAUGGCUUGGUAAAUUAUUAUUUAUCUUGUGAAUUUUCCUAGUUACUAGGAGCUCAAUUUCAUGGUUUUAAUUUGUUCAUACUAAUUUUCCCUUGUUUUUUUUUUCUUUCAUUUUUUAUAAGGACCUUAUCAACGCUCCUGAUGAUAUUUCAAACUGCCAAGCUGUCCUCCUCUUUUGUCGGGCUCGACUCAGUGAUUUGCGCCCUCAUGAAACGUAAGUAACCUGAUUAUUCUGAUGAUCACACGUAGCUUUCUCUCUGACCUUAGAUAUGUCGAUUCUGAUUAACAUCAUCAUAAUCUUCUCUAUUACCACCACCACCACCACCACCACCAUCAUCAUCAUCGUCAUCGUUGUUCAUCGUCGGAUCAUUAUGGUUAUACUGUCUCUCAACCAGAAGUAGUUAAAAUUUAUACAAUUUGAGACACUAACUUAAGAGCUUAGGUAAAGAAUUCGAAUUCUGCUUCUUCAACUUGUUUAUAUUAAUAAGAGGGUUAUCUUUUUCUGUCUGCAUUUCUGUUAGACAUUAGUUAAAUAAAAAAGGGGUGUCAGUAGAACGCUGGGUUGGGGCCGGGGUUGGUGUCUAUCUUUUUUUUUUUUUAAAGAAUGCUGUUUUAGGGGUAGGGUUAGGUUUAGGGUUAGUGUUAAUCCUAACCCUAACCCUAAAACAGCAUUCUUUAAGAUAGACCCGGACGCCGACUCCGACCCCGUGAUUUACUGACACCCAUAAAAAGUUGGCAAAAUGAAGUAGGUGAUGAAAGGUGCGCAUUAAAUUGUUAGAAAUAGAGAUAAAACAGUAUGACUGUAAUAUAAAUUUUAAGGAAACUAUUCGUUUCAUAUUUUGUUUUGUACUUUCUUCAUUUCCAGAUCUAGCAAAGCUAACAACAAGACCAUUGAAAGUAAGUGACAAGUGCAAACUAUGCGCUUUUCGCUUUUUCUUUCAAAAGGAGAAACAGACAGUUGACUAGAGAUUGAAACUGCCUCAGUCCUUUUGAGUCCACGUACUCUCAUUGUCAGACAAUGUCCCCAACAUGUUAGCUAGGAUAAGGAACUACACAAACUAAAAACAGACGAUGAUGGAAUGAACAGUGCUUUCUGUGUAAUAUGUAAAAGAUGCGUUUCAGGAGGGAAUUUCUUUCUUAACUCUUUUUUUCAUUGCAGGUAAUAAUAACAACAGUGUUCAGAUAUCAGGACCUGUGGUGUUUGAACAGUACAUAGUCAUUGCUGACUACAAAAAGAAGAACAAGAACGAUAUUUCACUUACAGCUGGUGACACUGUUGAUGUUAUCGAAAAGAGCGACUUUGGUAAGGAAUAUUUAAGCGAAACCAGGUUUUCAGCCAACUUUGUUUACUUCUUAAAUGUAAGUCAAUUAACGCUUAAUCUAACUGUUACUGCAUUCUAAAGCAGUUUCAUUCAUAAGUAAAACUAGAUUUUAUGUCUUAAUCCUUUACAAUUAUCCGGAGCGGUCGCUUCUAACCUCAAGUUGAACUUUAGCCAAACGUACCAUUACGUCUUAUUGGGGCCGGACUUCAUAAGAAACUUAAAGCUCCCACCACUGUUUUUUUGUGUCUUUAAAAAGCUGAUUUUUUUUAAUGUUGAUUUAUUCAUCAUCUAGAAAUGGAGGAACGAGGCCCCGCAGGCAGCGCCUACAGCGCGAGAUCUAUAGAGCAAUUAACAGUAAUAAUUUAAUAUAUGUACUAUUUUUUUCAAAGGUUGGUGGUUGGUUGACCGUGAAGGCGAGUUAGGCUGGGCUCCUGCGUCACAUCUGGAGCCUACUGAUGAUGGGGUAGAGAUCACUGCCUCCAGAACCUUUGCACCUGGUCAAGGUAGAUGUUACACAAGCUUAUGUAACCUUAAGUAUGAUUGAGCAACGCGAAAAAACACUUAAACAUGAAGAGUAAAUUAAAGUAAAAAGCACAACAGAUAUUAUAUCAUCUUUCCCAUCAUCCUCCAUGAAUGGUCUUUUUUUACUAUAAAAAGUGAUCAUGAUCGAAAGCUUGGCCUAAACAACACCGAUAAUUUUGGAAAGUUUCGUUCAUAAUACUUUUAAGGUAACUUUAUGCGGCAUAUUAUAAGUAAUAUAACCACGUCAAUAAUGAUGUUUUUUUUUUCAAUUUAUAUGCGCAGAGGAAGCAUAUCAGUCAGUGCAAAGCUAUGAAGCAAGAGCUGGAGACGAACUUUCUUUUGACAUUGGUGUUACCCUUAAUGUUGUAGAAAAGAACUUAGAUGGAUGGUGGCUAGCCAGGUAAACAGUUAUGGACUGUUUUUUGCAGCUGCAAUAAUAAAAUGGUUUACUCACAAUGCCUGAAUACAGAUAUGACCCUGAAAUUUCCCAAAAUUUCAAGCGCCGGACCGGAUUCCACCUUACUACAACAGAGCGCUCAGUGAUUCACCCUUUACACUUUGCUUAAAUAUAUGUAGGCCCCAGGCCUCCCACAAAGUACUCUCCGACCCACUCCAGGCGAUCACUAUUUAAGGGGUUGUCACAUUUACAUGGUUUUUAAGUUAGAAAAUGACUAACUGUUGUUACUUUUGGGUCAAUUGUUUAAAUAUUAAGUGAUCAGGAGGUAGCAUUAACGAGUUUGCCAAACAGUAAUAAGAACAAGCAAUAUUAAAACCUAUCUACUUUUACCCUUCUUAGAUACCAGGGCAAAGAAGGCUGGGUGCCUGCAGUGUUUCUGUUACGAGUAGUUGAGUCUAAUGAUUAUUCGCCUUCAUCUAGUGGAAAAAUUUGUGGACUGGGGGAUAUCGUGCCCUCUGAAAGGGGUAGGUGAUUUGUUACAUUGAUCAAUUUUAUGUUUACAGUUUUGAACAUUUCAUUUUUCCUUGCGUGUAGCAACUAGGUAAGGGAAUUUGCAUGGAUCUACUUUUUUCAUUUUAACAAGAGACCUCAGCAGUCACACCUCAUAGUUUCGACUCCAUACUGAACCAUAAUAAAUGCUUUAUAGUUUAAAUUUACCUAUUUGGUGUUUUUCUACUUCGUCCACAGGCCAAAUAAUAUUUCGAGGUUUCCUUUGUUUUCAAGAUACUUUUCUACGAUAGAAAAAUCAUUACCCAAAAUAGCGUUACUGAACUGCUGGGCAGGCGUGUCGCUCAUUCUUUUUCAUGGCUACUUUAGUGGUCUCCCUCGCAGCAGGUGUUGUCAUGUCACGAACGCCCUUCCCCAUAACUGCGAUCCAUCUUUCUAGAAUGUUUAUACUUUUUUACUGAGCUCUGACCUGACCUAUGAGGAGGGCCAGGAAUGAGACACACAGGUACCAUGCGGGGUACCCUCUUCUACCAUUACCGCAUUCCAUAAAGGUAGAUCACCAGUGGUUGCGACCAGGGAUGGUGAAAUGUGAUGGUGAUGGCAAAUUUUUGCAAACGUAAAGCAAAUUUAGCACAAAUACUAAUUGUUUGGUCUUUUAAGACCAUGAGGUUUGGUGUGGUGGCUGCUACCGCUGGAAUUGAUCCCAUGCCUACCUCCCUAAGUCUAAUAUUUAACGACUGUAACCAACUGAGCUAACCAGUAAUGAUAUAACAUUAAUUGAUUAAUGCAACCAUGUUUUCAUAGUAGUUUCUGAAGAAAGAGACAGUGUGACAGGCCGAAGAUCACCUCCCACAAGGCGAAGUAUGGUAAGUUCUUCAUCAGUCAAUUUUUCGUCAACCUCUGUAUAAAGCCUGACAAAAAGAUAGCUAGCGUUGCUUUUUAUCGCUUUAUCUUUCUUCUUUUAUCGUUUCUAUAUUUCAUGAAUAGCUUAAUAAACGAUGAGUUUCAAUAAUCGUUGUAUUUUUAUAAGAGCUAAACCCUUAAAUGAGUUCCAUUACACCUAAAAACAUUCAUAAAAUAGUAAUUUCUCUUUUCGUAUUUCCUUAAUGGAGUAUCAUCGAAAAUUGCUUUUACUAUUUUUUCGUUUUCCGACAGGUUCAGCGAUCGAUCAAAAAGAGGCCAAAUAAAAAUGUCACUCCUCCUCAGCCCAUUGAAACAAAGCCGGAAGAAAAGGAACAAAAUCAGGAAGAUACGAUAUCUUUUUCAAGCGGAUAUCAAACCUCUUCAAGCAGCAGUCUGUCCUCUCUAGUUUCAGAUGUUUCUAUACCUGAAACGGAAAGCGUUGUGCAGUGUGCAUUACCGGGUAGUUCUGAUAGCUGUGUAGUAAGCACUGCUCCAAAAAAGGUUUACUCCAGGUCAAAUCUUGUAACAAUAUUAGCACAGGAUGCGAGUACAUCCGGGUCUUCUGUGAAUGGAAGUACAUUGAGCUCAGGAAGAAGAGGUCCCAUUCCAUCACCAAGAAGUAAAAACCCCAGACGCAGCCCCCAGCCGAGAAUUGAUGAAAUUAAAGUAACUCCUGUUGAGUCCAUCUCUGAAAAGGAGCAAGAAAAUGAUUCCCAGAUCACGAGGUAUCAAGCUAUAUACACGUACAUCUCUCAAGACAAAAACGAAAUUACCAUUAACGAGGGAGACAUAGUGGAGGUACUUAAGCGGUGCAGCAAUGGCUGGUGGCUUUUAGUUUCAAACAAUCAACUGGGUUGGGGUCCAUCAAAUUUCUUGCAACCAGUGUAA